CUGAGCCCAUCGAUGUGCUAAAAGCAUUAGAAUUUCACAAUUUACCAGAAGGAGUAUCAAGAACAGCAGGAUUUUGCACAAACAGAAGGGAUUCAAAAGGAUCGGAUGUCGCCUACAGAGUUUCAAAAACUGCACAGCUGAGUGCCCCAACAAAGCAGCUGUACCCAGGGGGAGGCUUUCCAGAAGAUUUUUCAAUAUUAAUGACAGUAAAACCUAAAAAGGGGAUCCAGUCCUUCCUUCUAUCUAUCUACAAUGAGCAAGGAAUUCAGCAAGUAGGUGUUGAAGUUGGUAGAUCCCCUGUCUUCCUGUUUGAAGACCAGAAUGGAAAACCUGCCCCAGAAGACUAUCCUCUUUUCAGAACUGUCAACAUUGCUGAUGGCAAGUGGCAUCGAGUAGCUAUUAGCGUGGAGAAAAAAAGCAUUACAAUGAUUGUUGACUGUAACAAAAAAUCUACAAAACCACUUGAAAGAAGUGACAAAACAGUUGUGGACACGAAUGGCAUCACUGUCUUUGGAACCAGGAUUUUGGAUGAAGAAGUUUUUGAGGGUGAGAUCCAACAGCUGUUGAUUAUAGCUGACCCCAGAGCUGCAUAUGACUAUUGUGAGCAUUAUAGCCCAGACUGUGAUUCCCCAGUGCCCAAUGCUGCUCAGGCUCAAGAUCCUCAGGUUGAUGAGGUGAGUAAUCAGUCAUGUAUUACUAGAUUUAUUGCACAUUAGUGGUUGUGCUGGAUAUGUUAUUCAAGGAGCAUUUACAGCUAAAUAGCAUGCAUUGUUCUGAAUAUGAGGGAGAAAAGUUGCAGGAGGGCAUUCAUUUUUGCUAUCCACUCAUUUACAUCAGGCAUUUGAAGGAACCUGUCACACUGGUAUUUGAAUAACCAGCAUGCUCAAUGAAGUUAAACUGUAAAAAUGAUAGCAAUGUUUGUUUAGUUGUAACUGUUUGUUCUUCUUGUGUGCGUGUAUGAUUUCACUGAUGCUGAGCACCAUCAGAUGCCACAUUUGAAAAACACUGGAG